GGGGCGGUGCUUAUUGCGGCCUUUAGAAAAAAAACCCUCAAGCCAUCUAGAUUUUUUCAAUGGAAACCGCCCAGGUUUAUUCUAUGCAUUAUUAAAUAAUUUACUUUCCAAAUUACAUCUCGAAUCCUGGCAUCUCUGUAGACGGCGUUAUUGUUUCGAGGAGCGGUUCAAAAGGAUCGAAGUGGCAAUGGAGGAGGUCCAGCAGAAUAACAGUAAUGGCUCUGAUCAAACUAUUGCCAUCCCCACAACCAUAACUGCCUCUCACAUAUCACAGAUAGCACAGAUGUCUCUGGGUGGGAAUCCAGUGGCUGUGGUUCAGCUGCCCAGUGGUCAGUUCCAGGUUCAAGGUGUGAUUCAGUCAGCGCAGUCAUCGGUUAUCCAGUCUCCACCAGCACAAGCACAGGGCCAAGGAUCUGACAGUGAUGAUUCUCAGGAAUCAAGUGACAGCGGGGCAUCUAACCAGAAGUCAAGAGAUAUCUUGGCUCGGCGCCCAUCCUACAGGAAGAUUCUAAACGAUCUAUCAGCUGAGGAAGUGGCGACUCAAAACGAGGGAGAAGAGGACGGCUCCACCUCCUCUGCCAUAACAAGCGUUUCACUCCCUACCCCGAUCUACCAGACAAGCACUGGCCAAUACAUUGCGAUUUCAUCCAAUGGAUCUCUGCAACUGGCCAGUGCUGGUUCAGAAGGUGUGCAAGGCCUGCAGACUCUCACCAUGACCAACUCGAACCCAAGUCAGCCAACUAUCCUGCAAUAUGCUCAGACUGCUGACGGACAACAGAUUCUGUUGCCUAGUAACCAAGUGGUGCUCCAAGGUGCAGGGGGAGAAAUGCAAGCUUAUCAGAUCCGCUCUUCUUCCUCCUCGCUGCCUCAGACCGUCGUCAUGACAUCACCCGUUAUCAGCUCUCAGGGCAAAAGCGAUGACCCGCAAAUGAAGAGAGAGAUACGCCUGGCAAAGAACAGGGAGGCAGCCAGAGAGUGCCGCAGAAAGAAAAAGGAGUACGUGAAGUGUUUGGAGAACCGUGUGGCGGUCCUGGAGAAUCAGAACAAGACUCUUAUCGAGGAGCUCAAGACAUUAAAGGACCUGUACUGUGUUAAAACUGGCUAGUGGGACAUCUGUCCAAUCAUGCUAAUGGGACUUUGCUGGCAGACCUGUCUGCCUACGUGCUUAUACAAACACAGACACAGGGACUUUUUUUUGGCAUGGGGGAUGCAUUUAAUCCUCAUGUCAAAUGCUUGUUUUUAUACAACUCAUUUUUAACUAAUAGCCUAAGAACGAUUGACCAGAAACAACAGCAACUGUUAUGCUUUUCAGGAUAGAUGGAAAGAGGGAUAUGCUUUUCCAUUAACAUAUUUUUAUUUGCAGUCAACAGAUGUUUAUAUUUGUGUAAGUAUCUUUACAUUCAUCGGCAUGUCUACACUGGGAGAUCUCGCUUUAUUCUUGACCCAUUUGGUUUCCAGGGAAUAUUGAAUGUUAAUUUUAUUGAAGCGCUAGCUGAAUUAUGCUAAAUCCAGAUAGAAGACUGGUAUUUUUACACCUUAUCUCAGAUACGCUUGUAUGUAUGAAAAUUGUGACUCGAUUGUGUUUUUCAUGAAGUCAUGCAGCUGUCCUUUGCAUUUUUGCUAUUUCCCCCUUCUUAGGACACUCUAUUCUUAUCCCCAUUCCGUAUUUUAUUUUGCCGAGUUUUAGUGAGAUGUUUUCUACAGAGACUGAGCAGAAUUUAAGGUGAGGACUUUCGGCUUUACUAUAAUGGGUAACACGAAACGGUGGUAAGCCUUAUUCUGGAUUAAUAGACUAAUAUUGUAGAAUUCAAACCCAUGCCCUUUCUAGUCCAGGUCUUUGUAAUGUCUGAUUGGUCUUUAAGCCAUAUACACACUUGGGUUGGGACCGUUGUCGGAUUUAGCAGAGUAAUAGGCCUGAAGCUUAUCACUGUUUAUAAGCCAAGCUGUUACAAGACAAUCGAAUCAGGGAGUAUACGAGGAAAAAAAAACAAUGUCACUUGUUUUUGCUAAAGUGAAUCUAAAUAAAUAUUUUUCCAGCCUUU